AUGCAGGAUGACGGUAAAGAUCGCAUCAGUGCUGCCUUGCAGUCAAACGAUGCCACCGUCUUCAUAGCCAGCAUCUCCUCGGCGCUGCGGGACAGCCGGGCGGCCUUCCCUCUGCUCAGGAGGCACCUGGGGUACCUGAUGGCCAGCACCAGUGCAGAAGACACCGGCCAUUUCGUGCUGGCAUGCAUAGAGGCAAGCCUUCGGGAGGGCCUGCGCGAUACCGACGUCAGCCCCGCCAUCUGCCACCUCAUCCUUGACACAGUCAACGAGGUGGAGGGGUGGAGGCCCGCGGCGGCGCCGCCCGCCGUCGCCACCCCGGCCCCUGCCGCUCCCUCGCCCCUGCGCGCCCGCGCCGCCGCCGUGCUGCUGCGCUGCUGCGCCACGCAGCCGCGCCUGGCGGCCAAGCUGGCCGCCACCUUCGGCCUCACCGAGCGCGACCUGUCUGCCGCACAGCGGGCCCAAGCCUUGGAUGCCAUCUCCGCCCUACUGGACGCCGCCGCCACCUCGGCGAGCGGCGUGGCGCUGCUGCUGCAUUUCCCAGGCCUGCGCCGCCACUUCCAUAUCGAGGCGGUUGUGGAGGACCUGGUGCUUUCCAGCCAGGACCAGGUGGCGCUGCGGCUGGCGCGCGAGCUGGGCAGCCGGGAGGUGCAGAUGUUGCUGGUGGACUGCUGCCUGCAGUACGGGCAGCUGCGUGUGGCCAACAGCGCGGUAAAGGACUUUGGGCUGCAGCUCGAGUUCCCCAACGUGGAGCGCCUGCACAAGACCAAGCAGCUCGAGAAGAUGGUCGGCAAGGGGCUGUGGGGGGUGGCCGCCACGUAUGUGGGCGAGGAUGACGAGCUGCAGCGCAGCCUGCUGACCAGCAUGCUGGCAGCUGGGGAGCUGAGCCUGGCGCGGCAGCAGCAGCAGCUGUUUGGGCUGGAAGCGGAGUUUCAGAUACACCCAGAGCGGCUGGCGGAGGAGCAGGCGGCGCGGCGGGAGCGGUACCUGCAGAUGCCGCUGCCGCCCGGGGCGCUGCACUAUGUGCAGUGCGCGGGCGGGCUGGCAGCCAUGGCGCUCCGCCUGCAGGCGCUGCUGCGGCAGCCCACCAGGCACGGCGCGGCGCACAGCCCCGCCGACGCGACAGCAGAUGCCGGCGUGGCAACGGCAGCACCGCAGCAGCAGCAGCAGGCGGACCAGCGGCAGGCGGCGGCACCAGGGGGCCGCCAGGACGGCGUCCCUGCUGCUGCUGCUGCAGCAGCAGCUUUCGCCGGCGCCCACGGCGAUGAGGAGCUGCUGCCUGUGCUGGGCCUUGACCUGGAGUGGCAGCCAGACGGCGAGAACAGCUCCCCCCCAAGCCUCCUGCAGAUCAGCACAGACGCAGAGGUGUGGCUGGUCGACUUGCUGGCGCUGACGGGGCGGGAGGCUGGCGACGCGCUGGCUGCCGCCAUCGUGCCCGUGCUGUCUUCAGACCGCGUGUACAAGCUGGGCUGCGGCAUCGCCUCUGACUUCAGGAAGCUGGCGAGGCACCACCCGGCCGCCUUCAGCCUCGCCCGCGGCUGCCUGGACCUGUCAACCCUCUGGCGCUCCUGCCACAUCGAGCAGACGGGCAAGCGCUCCACCGCGGGCUACAAGAAGCGGGUGGGGGAGGUGUCGCUGAGCGUGCUGGCGCAGUCGGUGCUGGGCAAGCCGCUGGACAAGAGCCAGCAGGUGAGCGACUGGGGACGGCGCCCGCUCAGCUCCCAGCAGCUGGAGUAUGCGGCACUGGAUGCCCACGCCGCCGUGCUGAUCUUCCGGGGCAUGGGGCAGCUGCACCACCCGUACCGCACACGCCAGGGCCUGGCCCUCCACACCUUCUGCUACGACUCCCGCCACGGCGGUACCACCGGUACCGCCUUCGCCGGCGACGACAACGGCGGCCCCGGCAACGGCGGCCCCGGUGCCGGGGCCGGCGGCGGCGGCUGCCCAGGCGCGGGCCAUGGGCGCAGCAGUAGCGGCGUCGGGCAUGGCAGCGGCGCGGCGCCUGGCAGCUUGGGCGGGCAGCAGAGCGGCGGAGCAGGUGGUACUGCUGCUGCUGGCCGAGGCAGCACCGGCAGCAGCGCCUUUGCUGGCCCGACAGGCAGCAGGAACGGCGGCGGCGGCGGCGGCGGCAGACCUAGCCCCAACAGCGCGCAGGAGCGGGGGAAGGAGCUCAAUGCCAGCAACGGCAGCGGCAGCGGCGACGAUGCUCGCAGCAGCGGGGACGAGCUCGCCGCCGCCAGGCGCAAGGCGCGGCUGGCCCAGGAAUCCAUCGACGAAGACGCGGCAGAAGGGGUGUACGAUGCGAGCACCAGCUGCGACUCACAGGAGCUGCUGCUGGAUAGGGACCCUUACAAGGAGGAGUCGCGCAGGUACUUUCGGACGGUGUUUGACUUUGACCGCUGGGCGGCGCACCGCAGCACGCGGCGCUACCUGCGCCACCUGCUGGGCAUCCACAGGAGCCGCAUGGUGCGUGGCCUGGCUGCGCCUCUGCUCUACAUGGCAGCCCUCACCUCCUCGGUGGCCCUCUACCACACGCUGGCGGAGGCGGGCAUGGUGCCGGAGGUGGCGUAUGCGUUUCAGAUACGAGCCAACGAGCCCUUCACCCUCUCCUCCUUCGCCCUCUCCCUCCUCCUGGUCUUCAGGACAAACGCCAGCUAUUCUCGCUGGCUGGAUGCCCGCAAGGCGUGGGGCCAGGUCGUCAACCGCUCCCGAGACCUGGUCCGGCAGGGCAUCACGUACAUCCCUCUGGCCAUGGAAGAGCCCUUCUCCAUCAUGCCUCUGGAACAGCUGUGUGAUGCUCUGGAGUCAAACGUGGAGGAGCUGCAGCGCAUGCACUCUGCCGCUGGCAGCGAGGGCGGCAGGGCCGCGCUGUCGGCCGCCCAGGUCGUGCAGGCGGCUGUGCUGCCGCGCUAG